AUGGCGAAUUUUGAAACAAGAUACAGAGAUCCGACGGCUCAAAAUCCAUCAAAGCUUACCAACUCAGGUUGUGGUGGGGUUUGUAUGAUGCGCACCACAUGGAGAAAUGAACAACACCCAUCUUUCAUAAAUUUUGUCUCCUCCUUCCUCAGUGCAAAUUCUUUCCGCCUGAAUUUUGUCCCAAUCGCCCCGGAUUUCAUCUUCAAUUGUGGGGGUUUGUCAGUGGCAUUCGUGUUUGUGACAAACUUGGAUUCCAAAUUCAUCUCACCAGUGUUCAGCAGAGUUAAGAAACUGAAGGGGCAAUUUGCAAAUCUCUAUGUUGUUGUCAUCCUAUCAACCAAGGAACAAUAUGAUUUGUUUGUUCGCUCUUACUUCAAAUACGGCAUGGAGCUUGGUAAGCCAACCUUUGUGCCUGUGCAAGGCUUGGAGAUGGGCUUUGAGAAGAUUGUCAAGAUAGCUCUCUCUCGUGGGUUGUGCAAACAAACGGAUGUCAUAGCAAAAUUGAAAGCUGAGAGGAAACGCUCAGUGCAGGGAAUGGACGCUUUCCUUAGAGUUGUCACAUCCAUACCAAGCAUUGACAAUCAUGAUGCGAAUGCGCUUCAUCAAGCGAUUGGUUCGGUUGAAGCAAUUGCAAAGGCAUCGAAGGAGUACAUUCUGGAAAACACCGACCUUUCAGCUGAUAAGGCAGAAACAAUUUCUAGGUUUUUCAGAGAUCCAAAGUUUUACCUCUGCCCCAAGUUCAAUACAUCAUAGAAAGAACUUACUUGAAUGAAAUUUUGAAAUAUUUUGUCAGGCAGUCUUAGAGGUGAUAUUUUUUACUAGAUGACCCAUAGAAUAUUGCAAUUUGAAUAUGAAGAUUAAUAGUUGUUGGUUAAAUCAGCAGCUUGGUUGUUUGCAUUACUGUAAUAGAAUUAC